GCCUCAUCGUUCGCCCGCUAUCAACAAGUAACAAGUGCUGGAUCAAGCAUGCUCCAAGAAAACAUUGGACAUCACAAAUAUUCCUAACGAAAAAGUCAGCAAAAAAAACGAACGCCCCGAGGGGAACACUCAUCCCAAAACACCCCAAGCAAGUAUCGCGGAGAACGCGGGGCUACAUUCCCGCAAGGUUCCGAUUACUUCCAAUCGAAAGUGAUGUCAAAUUAGGUGGAACAAUGCGUGGGAAAACCCACGAUGGGUCAUGCAACCUUGGAAACGCCACGCGAGAUGCUGACGUCAAGGGUGAAAGGUCAAUUAUGCGUACGGUGAAAGGUACAACGAGAGAAGAACAACUGAAACUUUUCCGCCCGAAAAAAAAGCACGCAGAUUUCCGAUUAGAAGAUUGCACGUUCGAAUCAUUCAACCUAAUGCCAGAAGUUUAUGAGGCGGUGAAACGGGGACCACUAAGUGAGAUUUGUCCACUCGUGCCCACGGAAAUUCAAGCGCUGACCAUUCCCGAAAUAUUGAGGUCCGAUGACAGACACAUUUUGUGCGCCGCGGAAACCGGUACCGGAAAGACCUUAGCCUAUUUGUUGCCAGUGAUAAACAAAUUAAAGAAGGAGGAAAUGGGAGCGCAUGUGGAAUCGGAAAAGAUCGAAAAAAUGAUCCCGUCCGCCUUCAAAGAGGUGGAAGAGGAGAGGCAACUUAAAGUCAUGAGAAAAUCGGCAGUUCGAAGUUUCAAUCGUCCCCGAGCUGUCAUCCUUUUGCCAUCACGAGAACUCGUGAAGCAGGUCUUAUCCGUGGCAAAACAUAUGACGCACUUUGCGAAAUUUCGGGCGGUCGCGAUUACAUCGCACAUGGAUCGUAGUUUUGUAAGAAGGACUUUGCAGGCGCCAGUUGACAUUGUGGUGGCAACACCGGGAGGCCUUUUGGAGUAUGUGAAUAACAAGCUGGUCAAUCUGACCGAUACAAGAUACCUUGUGAUCGAUGAAGCGGAUACCAUGUUUGGCAAAGGAUUUGGGGAGGAAGUGGAAGAGAUUAUAAUGAAAGUGAAAGGGCACGGUCAAAGACAGAACAGACAAUUUCAAGUGAUCGUUGUAUCAGCGACUUUACCGAAAACUGUCAACGAAAUGUUAGAAAAAGAAUUUCCAUUCAUAAAAAGAAUCACAAGUCAUUCACUUCACAAAGCAUUACCGAACCUUCGGCAUGAUUUCAUCGAUAUGAAGGAUUACAACUUUAACAAGAGUACCGCCAUCUUGGAUGUCCUGAAGAGGACCCAUGACUCAAAUGCCAGCACCAUGAUAUUCUGCAAUACACGAAUCAGUGCAAUGGGUCUCGAAAGUUUUCUGAGGUCAAAAGGCCUUCCGGUGAUUGGAUUAUUCGGCGAUGUCGACGAACGAACCACGAAACUUGAAGCAUUUCGUAAUCAAGAUUCCGAUGCAAGGAUAUUGGUGUGCACAGAUCUGGUCUCAAGAGGAGUUGAUACCACGUUCGUGAAACACGUGAUCCUAUAUGACUUUCCAACGACGGUGGUGGACUUUUUACAUAGAGUGGGUAGAACGGCAAGAGCUGGUAAAAGUGGUAGGGCGACCUACUUUGUUACCAAGAAAAAUCGGGAGUUGGCAGAUAGGAUAAAAAGGAAUAUCAGAGAUCGGCGAGUGUUAUCGUAG